AUGGGGUCGGAAUACGACAAAGUUAAUCAAGGUGACUACGAGGCUCACACAGUGGAGCCCGAUAGCUCUAACUACAAGAAUGAGAUCGGGGAUGUCGGAAAAAUAGCUGGCUUAGCAACAAAAUUAGCCAAACGCCAAAAGCGAAUAGGAAACAUCCAAGUCACCGAGCGUGUAAUCAACCUACUAGCCUCCGCCACCAUCGGCGCAAUCAUGGGCUAUACUCUCGAAAAUUUCAUCGUUAACCAACACGAAGUUAUAAACGGCACGGGUCCCUUCGGCGCAAAUCCAAAGCUUUGGCCAACUUAUGUAAUGACUGCAGUUGCAGGCAUUACAUUAAUAUUCAAUGCUUCUGUUCUCUUAGCAUAUUGCUGUGGUAAAAAGGCUUCUGAUAAAAUUGCCUCUGGAAGUAGUUAUGUUAAACUACUGAGUCCGAUUGGGCAUUUAAUUGUAUGGGCAACAACCGCCGGUUCCUUCAAAGGAGCGGCCAGCGGAAACGAUAUUUGGAGUUUUUCGUGUUCCGAUGCGCCAUCGGAUGUCUCAAUUCAACAACAGUUCGAAAAUAAAAUUAACUACAAUACGCUCUGCACUACCAACACCGCCUCACUCUACACCGCUAUCGGCACCGCAGUAUUUGCCGUCAUUGGGAUAAUAUUGUGGGUUAUUGUCACAGUCCAUACAAGGAAACAGAAGAAAACGAAAGAAAAGCUCGAGGCUGCAAAGAGAUUUGAGGAUUUUCGCAAUUCGGCACGACCAUAUGUGUCGCUUCAGGUUCAAUAUGGCCAAACUCCGCCUGGACCAACGUCGUAUACCAACUACGGAUAUCAAGGACGAAUUUGA